UGACCUGUCAACCAGCAAGGCACCUAGCUUGUACUCCCGGGCGGGCUCAGAACGUCUCGGAAAUAGCUCAGGUGGGACCCACAGCUGCUUUCGCCCCGCCGGCGAGAGCAGGAGCGCAGGUGGGACCCCCCGGUCUGCCGGGGGCGGUGCUCGGUGUGGCCGAGGUGCGGCGAGACGUCGCGGCCGGGCCCGGCCUGCAGCCCUCCUCGCGACCGUGCGCGCGGGCGGCCAGGGGAGCGUGGAAAAACACCAGUGCGUCUACACCGAGAGCCCGACAGCUGGAUCUAGGGAAACUCGAGUAAAUCACAGCUCCGCACUUGGGCAUCAGUGUGCUUCAAGGACGUGGCUGUGGAGCUCACCCAGGAGGAGUGGCAGCACAUGGGCCCUGCCCAGAGGACUCUGUACAGAGAUGUGAUGCUGGAGAAUUACAGCCAUCUCGUCUCAGUGGGGUACUGCAUUUUAAAGCCAGAAAUGAUCUUCAAAUUGGAGCAAGGGGAAGAACCUAAGUUCCUAGAGGAGGAAUUCUCCAACAAGAACUGCCAUGAAGAUUACAAGAAUAUGAAAGUGAAAGAUAAACUCUUGGAACAAGUAAUAUUUAUUAAUAACAAAACAUUGACUAAAGAGGAAGAAAAAGUUUUUGAAAAACCAUUUAAUCUUCAUAUGGAGAUUCCUGUUUCUUCAACAAAAAUUCCCUGUCAACUUGGAUCAUGGGAAAUGAAUUUGCAAAACAUUUCUGAAUCUGUUGUUGAUAAUAGAGGAUAUUUAACAAAGAAAGUUGUAUGUGAGAAUUUACCUUUCAAUAUUACAUUUGAGAGAAUUCAUACCAGAGAAAAAGGGUAUGUUUAUAACAAAGCCAUAAAAACUCUACCUUAUAAGAAAGGUAUUGCUGAACUUCAAAGGUUUCAGGGUCUGAAGCAAGCUUUUGAAUAUAAUAAAUUUAGGAAUGUUUUCUAUGAUAAUGCUGAUUAUAUUACACAUAUGAGUUCUCCUGGGAGAGAAACAUCCUAUAAUGAUGAUGAAUAUAAGAUUAAUUGUGCGUUUGAUCACAACAGAAAUGGCACAAGGGAGAAAUGCUCUAAUAUUAGUCAAUUUCAUAAAGUUCAUUUGGCUGUGAAAUACUAUGACGGUAAUGAAAGUGGGAAUCAUUACAGCAGGAAGUCAUAUUUUACUCAACUUCAGAGAACUAUUGCCAGAGAGAAUUUCUUUGUAUGUAAUGACAGAACAAAAACUGGUGAUAAACCCUUUGCAUAUAGUAAAAGUGGGAAAUCCUGCUCACCAGCAGCCCACAGAGUAUGCCAGAGAACUCACCCAAAGGUAAGGCCCUAUACAUGUUAUGAAUGUGGGAAAUCCUUCAGUCAAAAGGGGCAUCUUAUUCAACAUCAGAGAACCCACACAGGAGAGAAACCAUUUAAAUGUAAUGAAUGUGGGAAAGCUUUCUCCCAGAAGUCACACCUCAGUACACACCAAAGAAUUCACACAGCAGAGAAACCAUAUAAAUGUAAUGAAUGUGGGAAAACUUUUGUGCAGAAAUCAACCCUCCGAGGACAUCAGAGAAUUCAUACAGGAGAGAAGCCGUAUGAAUGCAGUGUAUGUGGAAAGACUUUUGUUCAGAAGUCAACUCUUAGAGAUCAUCAUAGAAUUCACACAGGGGAGAAAUCCUUUCAAUGUAAUGAAUGUGGGAAAACUUUUGGCCAGAAGUCAAACCUCAGAAUACAUCAGUCAACUCAUAGUGAGGAGAAAUCUUACCAAUGUAACGAAUGUGAAAAAUCCUUUUGGCGAAAAGACCAUCUCAUUCAACAUCAGAAAACUCACACAGGAGAGAAACCAUUUAAAUGCAAUGAAUGUGGGAAAACUUUUGCUAGGAGAUCAACACUGAAAGUACACCAGAGAAUUCACACAGGGGAGAAACCAUUCAAAUGUAAUGAAUGUGGGAAAAAAUUUGCUAGGACAUCAACAUUGAGAGUACACCAGAGAAUUCAUACAGGGGAGAAACCCUUUCAAUGUAAUAGAUGUGGGAAAACUUUUAGUCAGAUGUCAAAUCUCAGGAUACACCAGAGAACUCACAAUGGCCAGGCGUCUCAUGAUGUAAUUACUUGUGGGAUAGAAUAGAAGUGAAUUCUAGAUAUAUACUAGGGAAUUCAAGAGGGGUAAAACUCUAUUGAUGUAAUAACAUGAAAAUCAUUUUGGAAAAAAGACCACCUCAUUUGACAUCAGAGAAUUUACAUACAGGAGAAUGUACUGAAUAGAGGAAAUCUCUCCUAGUAGUGAAUGUCCACAGUAAACAAUAAAAUUUACACAGUAGAGUAGCCCUGUGGAUAUAAUGAAUGUAGAAAACAUCCUUUUAAAAGGGAAAUUAUACUUACAGUAUAUCAGAAUUCACACAUCCAUCUCUUUUAACGUAAUAUGGAACGUAUUCUAAAGUUGUAUGCUAAUUUUAAGUCACAUGCAUCAAAUAGACUGAUAACUUAUUUACCAGAAAAUAGUUUAUUAUCCUCCACACAUAUAACUACUUUAAAUUUGUAUCUGGUUAGUGUAAUAUGGGUGCCAAGGAUGUAGUUUAAUGUUUACAGUCUUGGUAAAUAAAGAUUGCUCUCAUAAAU